AUGUCAAAACAAGAUCCACCUCCAGAUUAUACAAAUAGGACAUCAGAUAAUUAUAACCCAGAUACAACUGAUAAUCAUAAUAUUCCUCCACCUUUCACUACCCAUCCUAUAGAGGUUCAUCCACCACCAUUCUCCUCUUCUACUUCACCUAAUAUCCGUGUGCCAGCAUAUUUUCAAAAUCAAACUACUUCAGGAUGGACAAUAGUAAUAAAUAAUCGAUUUUGGACUGAUGGAUUCAGGAUAUUUGUUUCUGAAGAUGCAUCUAAUAAGUUUGAUGCCUUUAAAAAAAGUAAAAAUCCCGAAAUAAUACAAUUACAAGAACAAGGUAUUGGAGUGCCAUUAUUUAAAGCUGUCACGUCAUAUAUUCCUUUAGCAACUAAAUUUAUAACGUUUAGAAGAUAUGUCCCUACUAAUUUACAUCCAUUUGAUAUUGAUAAAGAUUAUUAUGAUUAUUGUAUUGUUAAACGGAAAUUACACGUUGGAUAUGAUAGUUAUAUAUUUGAAUUUACUCCUGAUCCUAAACAACCAAAAUUGAAUUUUCAAGUGAUAUUAUUUUCUCAUUCAAUACUACCGAUUCAUGAUUAUAUAUAUAAGGGAGAAAGACAUCGAUGGAUUGAUGAAUCGAAUUUAAGAGGAUUUAAAGCACGUUGGCAAGUUAAAUAUGGUUUCAAACAUACUUAUUUAAUUGAUGGUCAACCAGCAUUAACUGAUAAUUGGGAUGGUAAAAGUGAUAAACUUAAUAAAGAUAAAAAAAAUCCUUAUUUAGAUAAUUUUUUAAAAAUGAAAUUUUCUGUACUGUCAAGAUUCCCCAAACAGGAAUAUUAUGGUCCUCAUUGUACAGAUACAUUGGGAGAAGCAGAAGCUUUUUUCAAAUUGGGUUAUGCUGAACUUAAAAUUGAUGAUUUAGGUAGAGGAAUUCCUGAAGGUGAUGAUGAUAAUGGUGAUGAUGUUAAUUAUGAAAGUAUUUUUUCAAUACCGGAAGAUGAAUUGGUAACAAUUUGUAUAGCAACUGUGUUGAAACGACAAAAAGAUAUUGAAGAAGAAAAGAAAAAUAGAAGGAAAAGAUCAAAUUAA